UCGGAAAUCCGGCGGCGCUGUGGAAGUAACGACACGCCAGAUUGUUUGCAGUUCGGCGCAGCAUUCAAAUACGCUUGUAUUGAAGCUGGUGGCUGCCCUCAAGAAGGAUCAAACUGCGAAAGGGAUAGUUCAGUGCCAUUAUUGUCAUCAGCCGAACCGGACAUAAAUGCAAAGACGAAGAAAUGUGGCGGAGCUAGACUGUCUCAUGCAUACAAAUUUAUCCCUUUGGAUUUAACGACCCCAAUGGAAGUUCCCGUAAAAGAACUGAAUGCACUCAUGUAUGUAGCAGGAGCAGCCACCCGGAAACUUUAUCAUGAAAAAUGUAUAAAAAAACUAAAAGCUGAUCAAAACGAAAAUCUUCCUGAUAACGAUGCUUACAAUUUCUGUAAAGUUAAGCAGUCCGUAUAUGGUAGGUCUUUUGUAUUGCCAAGCAACCAACUGUACCGGAUUGGCAUUAUGUGCCACGCAGCUUUUAAGCAAAAGUUUAAAGUAUACUUAUAUCAAAACCAUCGCAAUGUAAAACAACGUUUGAAGAAACAUAUCAGCCACCGUCUAUUUGAAGCUGACGUGUGUAAAAGAUGUUUCGAAUUAUUGAUUGAUAAGAUUUUUAACACGCUUAUUCAGGGUUUUCUAAAGCAAUUGAAAUCAACAACUACCAAAUGUAAAAAUAAAACUUUCAAAAGAAAAGGAAAAGCACGUCGCAUGUGCUUACCGUUGAAAACUGUAUCAGAGUAAGAAUGAUUUUCGGAUAACAUCAGAUUGUAAAACAAACGCAAAAUGAAAUGAGAAAAUACAUACCAGUUUAAUAAUAUUUUGAUUCUCAAGCUUUUCAAGAAACAUGGUAUCAAAUGGUCUUAUCUGUUGGUUUACUUUCUACGUCCGCCACGUUCCUUGAACUGCAGUUUGACUGCCACACCGCUCAGCAGACAACAGUACACAACGAUGUUAUGCACUUUGAAUAAAACUCCCUCGCAGCAAAUCUUCUGCUAGCCGGGUGGCAUUCCGCUUUUCGCCUGAAGUUAACUCUUCCGUACGCUAACGGCGUCGCUCAGCUGCCGCUGUAUCGAAAUGAUCCACUGAGUGUCCACUCGCUUUUCUCGGUCAGAUUUAGGCACUGCACCUGGAUGGUGAAGUACCCUUGGGGGACUACAGGAACGCGCACUUCUCGGCGUAGGACUUCUUGUCGGCGGUCCACCCUUUGGGAGCAGGUUCUCCUCCAUCCUGGCCGGAAGCUCCCGGUUCGCCUUCAGGCAUGUUAGGGGCCGGUAGUAUUUGUCGGACACCAUAUGGUAUUGGUGGAACACUGAUAGCUACUGGGAAAGGAGGGGCAUCAUUGAAGGUGGCCUCAUGGGCAUUCCCAUCUGGCGGUUAAUAGCAAGGGGAAUGACAUAUCCUUUUCUAACCGGAAUAUCCGCUGUUGGCGCGGCAAAGAGUACUGGUAACCCUACAUUCAAAAAAGUAGAGUGAAAGAUCAGUAGAAGAGAUAGAUGAAAGAGUAAGAUCGUCGAUAGAGGAAGGAAUAGAAAGGAAGCCUCCAGAAUAGAAUAAUAAAUUAAAAGUGUAGUUGAAGAAAUGGUUUGAAACCCAGCGGAAGGAAGCACUGAGAAUUUUUAAGCUGAUCAACAAAAUACCGACUUUGGAUCUGCUGUAAAAACAGUGUCGUGAUUGAAUCUCUCCCCGCUCCAACAAACUUAAAAAUUCUCAUUUCAACCGCUACAUACAGUGAAAUGAGUAGAAAGAAUUCAAAGCGAUCUGCGCCUGCGGACCAACAACGCAUCGAAGUUGAUGCGAACAAGAAGAGCCAGGCAAACAAUGGCUCCACUGAGGGCACCUCGGCUGCUGCGCUAACUGUUGGAAUGAUAGAGCUUGAGUUAGAUUAUCUGCAGAAAGAACGUUCGAUUAAACUCAAAGCCAUAGCGGACAGGGAGGCAGUAGAGCUAGCUGUUGCCCGAAAAAGUUAUUGUCUAAUGAAAUCCCGGUUGCAACUGCAGAAUGGUUGUGAUGGGAAUAGUUUCGAUGAUGCCAAUCCGGGCAGGAUGAAUGUUAACGACAGUGCAGAUGAAAUGUCUAUACCUGAUGCCUUUGAAUACAUUCCAUCGACCAGCAGUUCUCCAACAAGGAACCUACCGAUGACGUCAAAGUGUUUGCCAACUCCCCAGCAAGUCAGUGCCCGCCAGGUAAUGCCAAUGGAUUUACCAAUCUUUGCCGGAGACCCUGAAGAAUGGCCCGUGUUUUAUAGCCAGUUUAAGAAUACCACCGCGGCGUGCGGGUACAAUAAUUCGGAAAACUUGGUAAGGUUGCAACGAUGCUUAAGAGGGCAAGCUCUAGAAUAUGUUCGCAGUCGUUUGUUAUUACCUGAAUUAGUUCCGAAGGUAAUUAAUACGUUAGAAAUGUUAUACGGAAAACCAACGGUAAUUAUCAAUUCAUUGGUCAAUAAGGUGCGAUCGAUGCCACCGCCUGAGAUGGAACGUUUAGACACCAUCAUCGACUAUGGGAUGGCGAUUCAAAACCUUUUUGAUCAUAUGAAAGCAAUGAAUCAGUUGGAACACUUGCGAAAUCCAACUCUUCUGCAGGAGUUAGAGAUAAAGCUCCCCAGUGAAAUGAAAUUGCAGUGGGCAAAAUACAAGCGACAGAAUUCUCCGUCUUCGCUAAAGACGCUGAAUGAUUUCAUGAUUGAAAUAGUAGAAGUCGCUUGCGAGGUUUUUUCCACGGGUUCAAAAGCUCGAACCGAUCGAGAGCAGAAUGAUGAAAUAUGCGAAACAGAUUCGAUAGUAGGAAGCCAGAAUAGCUAUUGUUUUAUUUGUAGGGAAAGAAGUCAUCGUGUGCAGGAUUGUGCUCAAUUUCAAUCGUUAGAUGUUUCUCAUCGUUGGCGUUUAAUAGGAGAACUGAAAUUAUGCCGAUGUUGUCUAGGUCGCCAUGCUACUAGGGUCUGCCAACAUGCGUAUGAGUGUGGAACAGAUCGAUGUCAGUUGUUGCACCAUCCAUUGCUACAUCAAGUUCGUAAUUGAUAGGGUGACCAGUGAGAUGCGCGCAUGAUUGAUUCUAGUAAAACUUCAUCCAAUAUGUAGUGUUACGGGGGUGGGGAUGUUGGCGCGGCAAAGAGUACUGGUAACCCUACAUUCAAAAAAGUAGAGUGAAAGAUCAGUAGAAGAGAUAGAUGAAAGAGUAAGAUCGUCGAUAGAGGAAGGAAUAGAAAGGAAGCCUCAAGAAUAGAAUAAUAAAUUAAAAGUGUAGUUGAAGAAAUGGUUUGAAACCCAGCGGAAGGAAGCACUGAGAAUUGUGAGUAAAAUUAAAUUAGCUUUAAAUGAAUUUUAUAUGAAUAAAUCUAUUUAGUUUAAGCUGAUCAACAAAAUACCGACUUUGGAUCUGCUGUAAAAACAGUGUCGUGAUUGAAUCUCUCCCCGCUCCAACAUCCGCAUUUAUCCGUUUCUAACCGUUGCUAAGCGAGCUGCUAAGUGAGCAGCGGUUAGACACGGUUAGCGACGGUUAGAAACGGAUAAAUGCGGAUAUUCCGGUUAGAAAAGGAUAUGUCAUUCCCCUUGGUUAAUAGGCCGCGACCUUGCCACGACUUGGCCGUUCUAUUUGCUACUUGUUAAUGUCCUAAAUCUGGUUGUUGUCCUGUCGAC